GGGGGGGACGCAAAUGACUGUCGGUUCAUCCUGACGGAAGUUUGUUUAGUUUGAAAGAACUGAUGCGAAAACAAACCACGGAGGAAAGUAACAAAGUGUGAGCGCAGCGGCUAAAUGAGGAGUUUAUUCGCCAGCGUUCAGUGAGUUAAAGCGGAAAUGUCUCACAUUAAAGAGCACAUCGACAAACUGACCCGUGUUUACGAGCGUUACACCGAGUAUGUGCGGAGAAACCCAGCGGCCACCGCGCAGCUGGAGAGCACCGUGCGGACGCUGUCAUACCUGAUCGCAGGGCGCUUUGCAGAUUCCCAUGAAAUAUCUGAACUGGUGUACUCUGCCUCCAAUCUCCUGGUGCUGUUCAAUGACAGCAUCCUGCGUAAAGGGCUGAGAUGUGCCUUCCCUGUGUCUCUCUCCGAGCAGAGGCUCCUGACCUGGCUGUCUGUGCUGGAGUACGUGGAGGUUUUCCUGGAGAUGGGAGCCUGCAAGCUGUGGGGUGAAGUCGGCCGCUGGCUGGUGAUCGGACUCAUUCAGAUUUUUAAGACAGUUUUUCGCAUCGUGCUUCUUCUGUGGUAUAAAUCGGGUAUCCAGACUUCACCUCCCAUAAUCCCCCUCGACAGAGGUGCAGAGCUUGGCGGUGGGGACGAUGGUGAUGAGCAGCAGCAGGAUGACGCCUGCUUUGUGGGUCAGAGGUCAGGACGUGUCAUUCGGCCACUGGGCAGUGGUCCCUCCCUUCAGGCCCGGAUGUGGGGAGCACAGAGUCAGAAGAAGAGGAGCAGCAGCUUGAAGGAGAAGCUCCACAGCAAACCGACGCCCCUGGGACUCCAGCAGACCAUCGCUGAGUCUGUGUACAUCGGACGGCCGCUCGUGCACUUGCUCUGCCUCGGACUCUGUGGAAAACAGUCCUGGAAGCCGUGGCUCAUCUCCGGAGUCCUUGAAGUCUCCAGCUUUGCUGUGCUCAGCGACACCAAAUUUCAGAACCGAUGGGAGAGGGCAGAGAUGAGGAGGAGAACCUUUCUGUUGCUGUACUACCUUCUGCGUUCACCCUUCUAUGACAAAUACUCUGAGGAAAAGAUUCUCUUCCUGCUCAGACUCCUGGCCGAUCACGUUCCAGGAAUAGGGCUUGUUGCACGCCCUCUGAUGGAUUACCUUCCCACCUGGCAGAAGAUCUACUUCUACAACUGGGGAUAAAACCUGCUGGGUGCGUUUUCAGCGCUGAUUUUUGCGAGUCAGCCUGAGCGAUGGCGAGAAAGGAAGUGUCGGGCUGUGGCUGCAGGCCCGGGCCCGGCCACAGAGACACUCGCCAUAAUUCCCCAUAAAUCAGAUGAAAUGAUGUGGAGAUGGUUCCCACUUCACUUCAGACCGACAGCAAGCACCUUCUUAGUAACAUGUCUUGAUUCAGACGUUUGUUUCAGAGAAAACAUGAUUAUUAUCCUGAUGUUAUUUCCAACAAUCAGAUCAGAUUUUUUUUUUUACAGAGAAAUUUUUAUCUUUUUCCUGACACUACACUUUGCUGAUCCCAUUGAGUUUGUGAGUUUUGUGGCAGAAUGUUUUUUGUGUGUGCUGCAGUGGUUCAUCUGUCAGACAGCAGCAGUGCUCACUGUGUGACUCAGUGGCAGCAGAGAGCUGCAGGCUAAUUAAAACUAACACAGCAAAAAUCAAGAAGCGUCGAGCAGCACAGAGAACACACGAGCAGCAGAGCUACUGAACUCCAGUGGAAGCUGAUGAAACUUUGUGAGACAACAAAACAGGUUUAAGUCUGUGUGUGUGCGUGUGUGUGUGUCACAGUCAGUGACGGGAACACAGCAGAGGUUUUUGAUCUUUAUUAACAUACUGAAUAAGUUUCUUUUUGUUGCCAACAAAUAAAUAGUUGUUUCAGUCCA